GCAUCCGGAUCCAGUGCAUGCACACAUACGUCGAGGUGCACUCGCGUGCUUUACGAUGUCGGCCCGCAAACCCCUAUCGGCGUAAAAGUUGCUCACGUCGCGUCGCGCUGAUAUCUCACGUUGCUGCGACGUCGAUGACGGAAGGACCUCCCGUCUCUCGCGGCAACCGCUUUCUAUGCGUAUGGUCCCGCGCGCGUUCCUCGCCGAGGGUGGUAUGUGGUAUAGGAAGGUGCGCUGCGGCAACUGGUCUUGAUACGGGUACGUAUACGUAAGCGUGAUACGCGAGAUGGGCAACCAGACGACGCGCUCCGGGAUCGCCUCCCAGAGGAAGCUGGAGUCCGCGAGUUCGACGGCGAACGCCGCUCCGUGUGACGUCACCAGGAGCGAGACGGACCACAGCUCGUACACGGAAUUCCUCCCGAUCGAGAGUCUGACCAAGAUAUUAGUGCAUCUUGCCCACGAAGAGGAGCAUGUUAAUGGCAUUACCAAGUCCGUAUUCCAAAAAUACUUAUUUCCCACUCAUCCUGAAUUAAGUGAGAAGCUCUUUAGCUAUUUACAUCAUAACGCUCAAGCUACGACCACAUAUAUAAGUACGACAGCUUUCAAGCAGCAAGCCGAGAAGUUCCUGUCAGUAAUGAAUGAUCAAGCUAUAUUAGAGAAUUAUAUAAAAAUGUAUUCCAACAUAAAGGACGGUGGCAAUGUUACUCCUGAAACAUUGAAGGCCUUAUUGAUGUGCUGUUAUCAAUUAGCGAUGGAAAACAAUAGUACCAGCAUGUGCCUUCGCUCAGAACAGAUAAUAAAUGCGGUCGUUGUUUCGUGCUUUCACGGUAAAAAUAGCUUAUCCACGAAUUAUGUGAGCAAUUGGAUUGGACAGCAUUGUCCACGCAUGGUGCAUGGCCUACAACGAUAUGUGGUGCAUGUAUUGACAACUGCUUAUCGCAGUGGAAAAGCACUUCUGUCGAAAGAACAACCGCAACCUCCUAUCGAGAUACCGACGCCCGUGUUGGAAAAGUCCAACUUAGAAUUUCCUCAAACAAACUUAUUGCCUAUAAGCUUUGUCUGGUUGUUGUCAUGUACACUACCGCAGUGUUAUCUCCAGACCAACGAUUCACCGAAGGAUGUAACUCACGCUUUGAUAGCCAGAAGAACAGGCAGUAUUUGUCCAAGACAUUGGACGUUACUGUACAAUAGCGGAGAGCAUGGGACCGGAGCUAAUCGCUUCCUUCACCAUGUAUUAGGUUACAGAGGUCCUACUCUACUAAUUAUAAGAGCCGCUAGUGUAGAGAGAGACGAGGAAUGUGCUACGUACUGCGUAUGUUCGACUGUCGAGUGGCGGGAGAGUCAUCUCUAUUGGGGCGAUGAAGAUUCAAUGGGCAUUCAACUGACUCCGUCCUAUAAAAUUAUAGAGAAAGGUCCGAAAAUACUAUACCUGAACACGAAUAUCAGGGGCUAUCCGCAUGGUUUGCGACUUGGUAGCGAUCCACGUUCGCCGUUUAUUAGCAUCGACGAAUCAUUCCAUUCUGUAUCUAUUGCUGGCGCGCCUUAUCGUAUCGCCAGUUUGGAAGUCUGGGGCUGUGGUGAUACAAAGUUAAGAGAGAAGCAGUUGGAGAUUAAAAAGUGGCAAGUAAAGGAGGUGGAGAAACAGAGAGUUGUGAAACUAAGCGCUAGCGAUUGGUUGGACCAUCCUGAUCGUUAUUUAUUGGAGUUGGCUGGUAGAGCGUCUUACAACGAAUCUAAUAAUUAAAGCAGGCAAGAGGAGAACGUACAUAACUGCUCAUACUAUUUUAUUUUGUACAUAUGUAUAUAGUGUCAAAAAUAUUAUUGGAAUUUUUCUGUACUUAUAUGGCGCACAAAUGUGCGCAGGAAAUGUGAUCAUGUGACUUGUGCGAAAUACAAGGGACUUAUGCUUGACGUACUUAAGUACAAGUGCCAAGGUUUAUAA